AUGGAUCCAAGUGAAGUUACCGUGUCGCCAUUGAAAGACCUGACGAUUGACAACAUCACUGAAGACGUCAAGUUGAUCAACGCUCAAUGUCCUAAUCCUAGAUUGAAAUACAUACUCGAGAGGAUUGUGCAACAUUUGCAUGACUUUGCACGAGAGACCAGACUCAGCACCGAUGUGCGCCAGGAAUUCAUCUUGCUCUCCGACGUACUCGGCCUGUCCCUUUUGGUCGACAGUAUCGAUCACCCGAAGCCUCCAUCGAGCACUGAAGGCACGGUGCUGGGUCCCUUCCAUUCACACGAAGCUGAGAUAGCAUCGAAUGGGUCGGUCAUCGCCCAUGACCCGGACGGCGAAUCAUGCCUCGUCCGCUGUACAGUCAAAGACACCGAUGGAAAAGCAAUAUCUGGCGUCAAGAUCGACGUCUGGGAAAAUGACAGCAAGGGCUUCUAUGACGUACAGUAUCCGGGUCGAGAUGGUCCUGAUCAGCGUGCCGUCAUGACUAGCGAUAAGCACGGCGUAUUCUGCCAUAUACACUUCAUGUUCGAGAAGGAAGGAUUUGACCGCCUUAUCACUGCACUUUACCUUCGAAAUGAUCCCUAUGAGACCUCGGACGCUGUCUUUGGAGUCAAGGACUCCCUCAUGGUGGAUUUGGAUAUCGUUGAUGCAGCCUCGGCCCAAAAGUAUGAGGUGCGAGAAGGCACCAAGAUGGUCAGCUAUGAUUUCGUGCUCGUGUCAGACCAGGAAGCGAAGGCGUUGAGAGAACACAACGCAAUGCAGGCCAUGCGCAAGCUAGGUCGAAGCAUGAAGUUGUGGCACGGUCUUCCGGUUCCAGACGUCGAUUAACUUUACAAGCUUGUAUAAAUGCAGGUGAACAAGGCGAUCGCUCGACACAGACUGCGAAGUCGUACGUGGCAUAAUGUUCAUCCAUUGAUGUCGACAUUUGACAUUAAAACACCGAAAUCUGCUCGAACGGCAGCUAGAUAGGGCAUGGUUUGCACCCUUGAGUCAAUUUCGAGUCGCAUCAAGCUCCUGAGCGGAAGCAACGAUAUCCGUGC